UAUAUCUCCGGAUCUUUCUCACACACGUUCAGAGAAACUACAAUCCAUUCUGAACUAAAACUGGCAUCCGGCACACUGAGCAGCGAAAUGGCCGAGGCCAGUAUCUCGGUGGCUCAGAACGAGUUCGUCUGCGUGAUCUGUCUGGAUCUGCUGAAGGACCCGGUGACAAUUCCCUGCGGACACAGCUACUGCAUGGGCUGCAUUACGGACUGCUGGGAUCACACUGGCGUCCACCGCUGUCCACAGUGCAGAGAGUCCUUCAGCCCGAGGCCCGCUCUGGGCAGAAACACCAUGCUGGUCCAAGUGGUGGAGAAACUGAAGAAGACGGGACUCCAAGCUAACGUCUGCAAGGGUGAAAUGUCAAAGACCUCCCAGGGAGACAGAGCAGUGGGCAUUUACGAUGGCUUUACUGAGACCGGGGAGCCCUCAGAAGCCAGAGCCACAGCAGCUGAAGUGGAGACCUGUCCCCUCUGCAUGGAGCCCUUGCAGAAGAAGCAGAGGCUGAUAUGUACUCAUGCCUUCUGUGCAGCCUGUCUGGAGAGAUCUACAGAAAGACUGGGUCUCCAGUGUCCAGUGUGUCUAAAAGCACUAGGACUGCUGGGGGACCAGCCAGAGGGACAGAUGACAUGGAUAAGUGGGUUCGACAUUUUUAGAAAUAAAUACUUUAGGAUUAUAUACGAUAUUCCCAGUGGAACACAGACGGAGGCCCAUCCCAACCCAGGGAAGCCCUUUACUGGAAUCCGGACAGCAGCCCUUUUACCAAACACCCCAGAGGGCGAGGAGGUGCUCUACCUGCUGCGAAGAGCCUUUGACCAGAAGCUGGUUUUCACUGUGGCUGCAACCGGUGGAGCUGCAGACAGAGUCGUCUUCCGUGACAUCCCCCAUGCAACAUACGGCCUUAAAUGCAGACGACGUGGCUUCUUGCAGAAGGUGAAGGCAGCGCUCAAAGCCAAAGGCAUUCAAUGACUGGAUCUAAUUGUUCUAUAAAAACACGUCAUAUAAAAUGCUUUAAUAAAAGCUGAGAAUCUGCACU